CUCACAUAGUCCAUCAUGACGAGCAAGACGCGCAACGUUGACUGUGAACACAUCUUGAUCACAGGUGUGACUGGCUAUAUUGGAUUUAAAACGCUUUCAAUCGCCCUCACGGUAGGAUACCGCGUUCGCGCUGUCGUUCGCAAUGAAGCCAAUAUCAAGGACCUGAAAAACAGAGACCCGACCGUAGUGGAAAGUCUUGAGAGGGGCCAACUUCACUUCGUCGUAAUCCCGGAUUUCCUAGUAGAAGAUGCGAUUUUCAAUCAUCUCGACGGAAUUACUGUGCUCAUUCACAUUGCAUCACCUUUGGCAAUUGAGACUAAUGAUUAUGAUGCUGGAAUCAUCAAACCGGCUCUUUCCAUGGUGACAACUGUUUUGGAAGCUGCUGCUCGGGUGUCGUCGAUCCGCCGCGUGGUGUUAACGUCUUCUUGUGUGACAUUGGUUCCAUUCGAAUGGAAUAUGAACCCGGACAGUGAUAGACUAUAUACAGUCGCUGACAUCAACACGAAUACUACCGGUCCAUUCCUGAACGCAAUGCAAGCUUACUGGGCAUCCAAGGCACUCACCCGGCUUGCAACAAAAGAGUUUGUUAGGAAUAAUUGUCCACAAUUUGACUUCAUCAAUCUCUUGCCCUCUGUGGUAAUUGGACCAGACGACCGCCUUAAUAAUGACCCGACUGCAACCAUCGAAAGUCUCCUUCAAGGCACACGAGCGGCAGUGCUUGCUCCUGCGCUGACUUCUUCACUUAGUUCUCCAUUUCCAUAUGUUGGAGUUCCGGUACAUGUGGCUGAUGUGGCAUGGGCGCAUAUUGACGCGAUAGAUGCUGACCUGGUUCCUGGAAAUUCCGAAUAUAUUCUCUGCUCAGACACACCAGAUGGAGUGGUCUGGGAUAGAGAUGUAGCUAAUAUUGCCAGGAAGUUCUUUCAAAAAGAGGUGACGACGAAAGUAUUGCCACUGGAGGGGUCGUUGACGACAAUAAAAUGGAGACUGGACGCUCAGAGUACAGAAGAGGUGUUUGGGUGGAAAUUCACGAGUUUCGAAGACACUAUGAAGGAGCUCCUUGCGCAGUAUUUGGAACUCCAAGCCAGAAACAAUGCUGUGAUUUGACCUCAUAUAUCAAUGUAUUAGCCACCGGAAGAUAGUGCCAGCUAGAAGUGAUGACAAUACUGUGCAUCGAUAUUAUUGAAGGAACAUAAACUAAAAUAAAUCUGUCUACCUCUGACUGGG